AUGGCGUACCCAGAACGGUUCACGGUCGCGGCCAGCCACAUCCAGCCGACACUAGAAGACUCGGCAACCAUCUCCAACGAAAUCAAGCUGGCCCUAUACGCCCUGCACCAGCAAGCCACCGUGGGCCCCUGCAACCAGCCCAAGCCGUGGGGCUGGAACGCGGCCAGCAACGCUAAGUGGCAGGCCUGGAAGGAGCUGGGCGAGCUGAGCGCCAUGGAGGCCAUGCGCCUGUACGUCCGCACGCUGGACGAGGAGGUGCCGGGCUGGGUGGAGGGCAUUGAGCGCGAGGCGCGGCCCCGACCCAACGGCACAGCCGAGCACGGGGCGCAGGGGCCCGCCGACAAGGGUGCGGAGGUGGACGAGAAGGAGGCCGUCGGCGCGGGUGCUUCCACCGCGGCGUCGCUGCCGCCUGCGCCGGCCGCCCCCGCGCCGCCCGCGCACAAGCCGCGCUCCGUGGCGGAGGUGGUGGUGGAGGGCAGCUGGGUAUCGCCGUUCAUCGCCGCGCCGCGCAAGCCCGCGCCGCGCUAUGAGCACGCUGUGGCGCUGCUGGGGCCCCGCGCCUACGUCCUGGGCGGGUCCUACUCCGGCCGCUACCUAGGCGACACCUGCCUGCUGGGCACCGGCCUGUACGUGUUUGGCGGAGAGGACGCACACCGCCGCGCGCUGGCCGACCUCCUCGUCCUGGACCUGCCCUCCAUGACAUGGACCGCACCCCUGACCACGGGCAAGGCGCCGGCGCCACGCACCGCACAUGUGGCGACGGUGUGGCGGGAGCGGUACCUGGUGAUCUUCGGCGGCGGGUCGGUGGCGCACUGCUUCGACGACGUGCAUGUGCUAGACACCGCCACCCUGGAAUGGAGCCAGCCGGAGGUGGAGGGGCCCGUGCCGCCACCCCGCGCAGGCCACGCGGCGGCGGUGCUGGGCAGCACGUGGUACAUCGUGGGCGGCGGCAACAACGCCGCCGGCUGCGCCGACAUGUACGCGCUGGACCUGGGGGUCCUGGGGCGGGGCGAGCCGCUGGUCCUGCUGUCGGUGCCCAUGGCGGGCUGCCUGGUGUCCUUUGGCGGCUACAACGGAAAGUACCACAACUCGGUGCACGUCUACCGCCCGGAGGGCUACGUCCUGGUGAAGGCGGCCUCGGCGGAGGCGCGGGGCGCGGAGCGCGGCGCGCUGCCAGCGGGGGAGGGUGCGUGGCUGCUCGGCUGCGCGAUGUGCCCAUGGGGCUGCCUUGUGACACCCGUGGGGAUGGCGUGA